GGAAUUAUUGAAAGUUUACUAGAAAUUCGUCCAGAUAUGAAUGUUAUUAUGGCAAAUCAAGGUCUGUUUGCUUGGCUUCUUCGACGUUUACAAAGACGUCCUAUAUUUGAUAAGAAUAAAUUGUAUGUCAGUGAAUUACUCUCUAUACUUCUUCAAAUGGAUGAAGCUAAUCGUCGUCAACUUGGUGAAGUUGAUGGAAUUGAUAUCCUCCUGCAACAAUUAUCUGUUUAUAAACGACAUGAUCCUAAUAGUCGUGAAGAAAUUGAAUUAAUGCUCAAUCUGUUUGACUGCCUAUGUAGUUCAUUAAUGUUAACUGAAAAUAAAGAUAGAUUUUUAAAAGGUGAAGGUAUACAACUAAUGAAUCUAAUGCUUCGAAGAUGAACAAUACGUGUGACAGUGAAAACCACAGAAGAACGCUGUCAUGAACGAAGAAUGAGAAAGGAGAAUGAACCUUUUGCAACAAAGAUAUCCGGUAACGUCAGUCAACCCGGUCACAGCGAUUCGACAUUGCCCAAAUUAUUACGACAGACAACUACGUAGAGACAUUUGCUUGUUAUUAUUUUUCACUAAAUAUAUUUAACAUCC